AUGCAGCAGUCCCGUGUGUGUGCUGAGGCCCUGUGUGCUGAGGUCCUGUGUGUGCUGAGGUCCCGUGUGUGUGCUGAGGCCCUGCAUGUGCUGAGGUCCCGUGUGUGUGCUGAGGCCCUGCAUAUCCACGCGGGGUGUGCGCGCGCGCGCCUGCCCCGCAGAGCUCCGGGACAUGAGCGCGUGAAGCAUCUGGAAGAACCAGUGACCCUGACCCUGCCUGACCCUGCCCCCCUGCCACCUGCCCUGCCCUGCCCCUGCCACUGCUCCUGCCCUGCCACUGACCCUGCCACUGCCUCUGCUCCUGCCUCUGCUCUGCUCCGCUCCCGCCAUGACCUCCGGGACCGGGAGCCACGGAGGCAGCGGGAGCCACGGGAGCCACGGAGGGAGCCACGGAGGGAGCCACGGGAGCCACGGAGGGAGCCACGGGGGAGCCAUGGGGGCCAGCACAGUGGAGAGCGCAAACCGGAGCAGCCCCCGGGCAGGUCCCCCAUCCUCACCCACCUGAUCGAAGGCUUCGUGAUCCAGGAGGGAAACACGCCGUUCCCCUUGGAGCGUCCGUCGUUCUCCGUGGACUGCCUGAGCCUGAGGAGACACCGAGGGGACAUGAAGACAGACUGCGUCCCUCUCAAAGAGCUGAAGCUGCAGGAGCCUGUGCUGACCUGCGAGCUCUGCGGAAAGGUGGACUUCACCUCGGCCUUCAAGAGGUCCAAGAGGUUCUGCUCGACGGUCUGUGCCAAACGGUACAGUGUGAGCUGCUCCAAGAGAGUCGGGCUGUUCCCAAACGCCAAAACCUCCAUCGAGAAUCUGAAGAGACAACGAGAGAACAACGCCCUCCGGAACUGCCCCCAGGAACCGCCCCGCAGGAGGAAGUCGGCGCCGGGGUCGUGUCCGUCUCCUCAGCCGGCGCAGGGAGAGUCCAGUCAGUGCGCCGACCUGCCGUACCCCGGAGCGUCGUCCCCGCGCUCGCCGCCCCCCCUCACGUCCCGCCGCGCUCGCCGCCCCCCUCACGUCCCCGCGCUCGCCGCCCCCCGUCACUUCCUGCCCUCCGACCCCGGACGCUGGAACGUGGACCAGGUGUACGACUUCAUCCGCUCUCUCCCAGGUUGUCUGGACAUCGCAGAGGAGUUUCGUUCUCAGGAGAUCGACGGUCAGGCUCUGCUGCUGCUCAAGGAGGAUCACCUCAUGAGCACCAUGAACAUCAAACUGGGACCUGCGCUCAAGAUCUUUGCUCAGAUCAACCUCCUCAAAGACUCCUAGUGCAGCGCCGCAGCUCCAGGACCUCCACCUGAGACCUCCACCUGAGACCUCCACCCAGGACCUCCACCUGAGACCUCCACCCAGGACCUCCACCUGAGACCUCCACCCAGGACCUCCACCUGAGACCUCCACCCAGGACCUCCACCUGAGACCUCCACCCAGGACCUCCACCUGAGAUCUCCACUGGACCCAGAACCUCCACAGACCAGGGACCUCCUCCAUCCAGGGGCCUCCACGCGCCUCUGGAGUAGAGAUCGACUGAUAUUGUGUUUUUUUUUCAUGGCCAGUGCUGAAAUUGACAGUUCAGAACCUGGAGAAAACCAUGGUCCAUGAGCUCUGCUGAUGUUUUUGGGCCUAUUUUGAUCAUUUUCUUCAAAUUUUGUUCUUUAAAGAGUCACUAAACAUCAAAAUCACUUCUUUUCACCUAUUAUUAUUUGUGUAAAUGUGUCUAAAAUAGAAGUGUAUCUCUGUCCUUAUUUUGGCAUUUCAGCGCAGAUUUGUUAAAAAUCCCACACACUGUUUUACUUGCAAAAUGUGAAUAAUUUUCACAUUUAUUAAGACAUAUGUCCUAAUAAAUGUCACAUUUUGCAGUAAGACGAUGUGCUGGAUUUUUCUCAGUUCUUGUGCUGCUCCCGUCUUAAAUAAUUGAUGUGCCAAGUUCUUCUUUUUGUGCAAAUUUGUUAAAAAUGUGACUUUUGGGUCAAAGUCGUGUUUGUUUCGGCCUCUUUAGCCUUUCAUAGUUCCUGGUCUGUGACGUGUGUGUUGUGGUGUGUGGACGUUCCAAAACCCAAACUGUGCUUGUUUAUGUGCAGAAGACACAAUGUGAAAAGAGUUAUUUUACAUCAGAUGGAACUUUAAACAAAUACAAACUGGGAACAGGUUGAGGAGCCGUGGAGCCUCUACGUGAACUUUACUGAGUGUUUUCUGUCUCUUUUGACAUGAUUCAAGUCACAACAUGGAACAUUUCUGGCAAAACAAGAACAUCUCCGUGGAGACGAGCAGGUCGCGCACUCACCCAAACCCCCUUUCAGAGCCGUGUCACGUUUUGUGCCGUUUUCUCUUCGACUUUUGAAGCAGCAGGAAAAAUCUCUCGGUCUGUGUUGGAGAUUUCAGGCCGAACAAAAAAUCUAAAAAGUGCAAAUGUCAGUCCGUCUCUGGUCUGAAGGUUCUUGAAGGUUCUUGAAGGUUCUUGAAGGUUCCUGGAGAGUCCCCGUGGUCCAGGUUCGGUUCUGCGCCGUUAGAACCCGUCACACUGUUAGAACCUUGAUUGUAAAUGAACUUUUUGAAGCGUCUGAAGGAGAAUCUUCUCUGGACUCUUUAUUCUGUUUUACUUUUGUUUAAUUCAGCGGAAGAUUUCGUUAAGUUUAUUUUUCUAUUGUAAAUCCAGACGCCCCGGAUCAGAACCAGGGUCUGAACAAAAACAGGUCCACGAAGAACCACGGUCUAGACUGUCUGAGACCUCAGACGGUUUUGAUCCUGCUUUUGUCCUGGUCUAGUCAUGUUAUGGUUCUGAUUUAGUCCUGGUUUAGUCCUGCUUUGGCCCUGGUUUAGUCCCGGUCAAGUACUGUCUUAGUCCCGGUCUAAUCCUGGUUUAUUCCUGGUCUAGUGACUGUCUAGUCUUGGUUUACUCCUGGUCUAACCCUGAUUUAGUCUUGGUUUAGGCCCAGUCUAGUCCUGAUCUAGUCCAGGUGUAGUUCUGAUUUAGUCCUGCUUUGGCCCUGGUUUAGUCCUGGUCUAGUCCCACCCUAAUCUUGGUUUAUUCCUGAUUUACUUCUGGUCUCAUCCUGGUCUAGUCUUGGUUUAGUUCUGGUCUAAACCAGGACUAGACCAGAACUAAACUGGCUCUAAUCCUCCUGGUCUCAUCCUGGUCUAGUCCCGGUCUAGUCCCGUUUUGAUCCUGCUUUAGUCCUGGUUUAGUCCUGGUUUAGUCCUGGUUUAGUCCUGGUUUAUUCAGAGGGUGAAUUUAGAUCCAGGUCCGUUUCAGGAUCAGGAUUUUAAACACAAACAAAACAGUGAAAUAAAAACUCCAGGAUCACGUGGACCAACAUUUUCAGACCAGAACCAGGCCGAGGCUCAGGGCGACAGGUGCAGGGCGACAGGUGCAGGGCGGCAGGUGCAGGGCGGCAGGUGCAGGUCGACAGGUGCAGAGCGAUGGAGCCGGAAACGCGCCCGUGCUCACUUCCUGUUUAUGUCCAAGACCAAAUAUUUGUACCAGUAAAAGAAAUGGUUGUUUCUGUUUCUGUUUGUGUUUGUGUCUGAGCUCAAAAAAUGUGAAUCGAAUCGUCUUUUAACACUUCAGGGUUUGUUUUUGUUUUUUUUAAUGUUCUGUUUGUGAAUUAAAACUGAUCUAAAAUAAAAUCAGUUUAUGUUUUCAUAGA